AUGAAUUUCGCUUUCGUUAUUUUUUUCUCCACGAUGCACGCAAUAAACAGCAAAGAGAAACCAUGUAGUUGGAUUUGUGAGUCGAAUUUAGUCAAUUACAAAGAAUUCCUUAAAACGGCCGAGGACCACAGUAACAUCACUGAGUCUCUGCUCGAUGGCUGCGCUAAAGAUAUAGAGUUUGCAAAGUUUGUAAACGACCCUGUCGACAAGGAGUGCACGAACAUCUGCGAGAAGCUGAUACCAAGGAUUGUUGGGAACGAGCAGCUCAAAAAAGAUCUACUGGAGGACAGCACUACGAUGGCUUCAAUGUUUGAGUUCUGUGAUAACUACGACUACAGCAGCAAGUAA